CUCUUGGGCCAGUUGGAAAACACGGGACCCCCCCCAGCCGACAAGGAGAAGAUCUCGUCUCUCCCGACGGUGACCGUCACUCAGGAACAAGUCGAUACGGGUUUGGAGUGUCCCGUCUGCAAAGAGGACUACACCGUGGCCGAGCAGGUCCGGCAGCUCCCGUGCAAUCACUUCUUCCACAGCAACUGCAUCGUCCCGUGGUUGGAGCUGCACGACACGUGUCCCGUGUGUCGGAAGAGUUUAAAAGGCGAAGAUUCGACUCGGCAAACGCAAAACCCCGAAGCCUCAGCGAGCAACAGCUUCAGCAGUGAAAGCCAGCUACACGACCGAUGGACUUUCUGA